CACUUAGCACUUGGAUUUGGAACAUUUGACGUAUAAAAUCAUAUUAGCACAGCUUUUGUAUUACAAGUAGUUUUAAAUCUUUUACAAUGUCAAACAAAAAACAGGAGACUUUGAAUGAGAAGAAAAAGAACAAGAAUUGGGUUAUGUGCUGUCCCAAGGAUCUAAAGAAACCACCAAAACCUGUGCAAAAGCCACUACCACCAAUUAAAACCGUUAAAUGCCCACGUAUAGAGAAGCCACCAAAGCAGCCAAAACAGGAGGAUGAAGUGAAAUGCGAACAAACGAAAUAUUAUCGUUCCGCUGCCGAGCAACGUCAACAUCUGGAGAAGGAAGUGGUGCCCAUAUUGAUGCAGGGCAUGUUGGAGGUGGCACGUGAACAGCCCAAGGAUCCCAUCAGUUAUCUGGAAAAAUACUGGUUGAAUAAGCAGCAUAAAUGCGAUAUUAAGCUGCCCGAUGAUCUGCUUUAAAUAAGUAUUGAAUUUCUGUAUUCUGUGCAUUCAAAUUUCAAAACAUGUAAGAAUAAAUAAAUGUUUCUGAUUCUCGUUUGUCGCAA